AUGUUUGACGCAAAUCAACUAAUCCACCCCACCGAUGUUACCUAUAGCUGGAUCUUUGAAAAUUUACAUGGAAAAGAUAAGCAAUGGGAUCAGUGGUGGAAAGAAUAUGGGGUUACAUCAGCCAAGAAUGAGGAAAUUAGUGGUGCUGGCUUCUUGUCUAAUGUAUCUAGAGUUAAAGUUUUCUUCGGAGAUGACUCGAGGGUGUUCAGUGUCAUUUUGAAGGUCCCGACUAUUGAACAUGCUAGGAACUUUAAAGAAGAAGAGGUAAGUAUGGAGAGGAUACAGUAGGAUAAGCUAGGGUACGGUAGAGUAGGGUACGGUAGGGUAAGAAACGGUAAGAUAAAGUAAAAUAGGAUAAAUUAUGUGAAAUAACGCCAAAUAGGAUAAAAUAAAGUAGUAUAGUUUUAAAGUAUAGUCCCCCCCCCUAUUUCAGGCCCUAACAGAAUUCGAAGACUCACUGUUGUUCUACCAUAACCAAGAGAUCAAGUUUUACCUUCAUUUUGCCAAAUAUUGUGAUGCUUUAUACUUCCCAAAGAUGUACGCUUAUAUUGAAAGUUGUAAAGAGAAGCGAAUUCACGGUAGAAUCAUCGUUGAAGAUGUGGGGCACUUAGGAGUGUUACCUAAUACCUUGAAAGGAUGCAGCUUAAAACAGGUGAGAGUGAUUGCCAAUUUGAGUCUUAUAAAGAAAGUUAUCGCCAUUUUGAGUUUUGUAAAGAAAGUUCUUGCGAUUUUUCGUCUUGUAAAGAAAGUUCUUGUCAUUUUGUGUUUUGUAAAGAAAGCUUUUGCCAUUUUUCAGUGUGAAGAAGUAAUAAAAACACUAGCCAAGUUCCACGCCUUCACUGCUUGCUUCCUCAACACAGAACUUAUAUUAUCCAUAGUCAAAAUUAAAGACCAGCCUCACAGCUAUGAGAUCCCACCAUCUCUAUAUGAACUUGAACCCUUUUUCAAUCAACACAAAGAUGUUCUACAAAAAAUGGCAGUAAAAUACGAUACUCCAUGUUAUAAUGCCCAUUACAAGUUUAAUGUCACUCCAAUCAUGGCACAUGGUGACUGUUGGGGUAAUAACAUGUUCUUCGAACGAAGACCUGAUGGAUCUUGUGGUGACAAGCUUUUCACGUUGUUUGAUUGGCAGGUUACGAAAAUUGGCACGGGUUUAUGCGAUUUGUCGCGGUUUUUGUGCACUACUGCUUCUUAUGAGGUACUGGAAGAGCAUUUAGACCAUUUACUGGAGCUGUACUAUGACACUUUGGUCAGCAGCAUGAAAGAGAAAGGAAGACAAGCUCCGUAUAGUUUGAAAAAAGUAAGUCGUGCAGUAUUUUAAACAAUUUUCCUUUAAAAAAUAAAAUAUUUUCAUCAAAAAUAGUAAACAUAUGAGGUACAAUAGAACUACUGUAAACUUAACAACUUCGUAAAUUUCAAAAUUUUCUUUCUUAAAAUAGAUAAAGAAAUAUAUAAUCUACAAUUGCUCAUAAUUUUAAACCCCUAGAUUCCCUUUCAAAAAAGUUAUGAUCUAUACAAGCACACCAGCAACAUAAUUGUCUACUACAAUAUAAAAAUCAAUUGAAAACACUAAAAAUUAAAUUUCAGUGCAAACAAAUGUUCAGAUAUGAAUUUCCCUAUGAAUUCCACUUUUCCAUACUUGUACUACCCUUGUUGUCAGAGCGUACUAAUGACGAAAAGAUCAGAGACGGAGUGCGAAGACGGCUCCGCGCGGGAUAUUUUAUGGCCGAACAGUGCGCCAAAGAAUUUGAAAACUUUUAA